AUUUUCUAUGUAUCACUAUGUAAUAUUAUGUGGAUACCUGCGAUUGUAGUUUUGUUGGCCAUAAUAGGCAACCAAGAAUUUCUAAUUAAGGGGUACCACGCUGGAAAAGGUUCUGUGAUUAAAUGGGUCGGAAAUGAAAGACAAGCGAACUGGACAAUUAAUGCUAAAUGGGAUGAUAAGAUCCAUUAUUAUUUUGACAUUGACAUAUAUGAAAACGAAAAUGUAGAAAUACGUUGUCCAAAUAACACCUCAGCUGAGGUGGAAUUAGUGCCAUUUAAGGAAGGCAUGUGCUACAAUACUGAUGCAUUUGGAAAUGUAGGGGAUGGUAUAAAAGAGGUUGGGGUAGAAAAUUUGGAUCGAAUGAAACUGAAAAUUAGCAAUAUUGCAAGUAAUAUUAAGUUUGCGGAAAAUAUCAAAGGUAGAUGGAUGUUUAUGUUUGACGGUGAAGCAUACCAUUAUGGUAUGGAAACGAUUUUCUUUGAUUGUAUAGUUAACACAACUGUACCAUUACAUGUUGCAACCAUCCAGCUGAAUAUCAUGCCGUAUUAUAAAAAUAUUCCUAGAUCGGUCCAUAUGUACGAUUUCACUAAGAACAAUUAUAGUCCGCCCGGUAAAUUUGUAUCAUAUUAUAAAUUCCCUAGACCGGGCAGUGCGUUUUAUGUGAAGUGUUCUCAUCAGGGCCUUAGUCUAGAAGCCACUGUAGGGUUAAAACAGUACUCCAUCAAAAGUGGUGGUUGCGAGGAUCUAUCAGAAGCUGCUGACGAUGAAAAUGUAAAUCUUUGUCUUAAUUUUGCUGACGAAACCAUUGUAGUGCUCUGGCCUUAUAAUGAUAUUAAGGUUUGUAGCGGAGAUAAAAACAUUUUCACAUUUGUGAGACAGGAUAAAGACAAUACAAAACACAUACAUUGGACGUAUAUGUUAGAAGUUUUUGAUAGCCACAUAGACUCUAUGGAUCCUGCAAAGGAUAAGAUUGCAGAAUUUUAUCAUGCUGAAGAUAAUUAUAUCAUUGCUCCCUCUAAAUGCCCAGAGACCGUAUAUGAUAGAAGUGACAUCCAAAUCGACUUAACUGACUUUUUAACUGGAGCAAUAUUUACACGAAAGUCAACUGGGUAUGUGCAUAUUGAUAUAAGCAAAUACUAUACAUAUACUAGCCAUUUUGUUUCGUGUUACAAAUCAACAAAACGAGAUAUCAAACAACCUAAUUUGACGUUCAAAUUUUAUCCCGUCUGUGAUUAUGAAAAUAAAGAUAACCUCGAUAUGGAUGGAAGGACAUGUUCUAUCUUUAUUUUAAAUGAAGACACGGUUAAUGUGAGAGGAGCUGCAAAGUAUGGGACUCCAUUAGAUCUGCUACCAUCAAAUGAUUCCUCCAAUUAUCUCAAAGAUGUAACCCCGCCGCAUAGUCCAUGGGACUCCACUAUAUUGAAUUUAGCGCAUGAUGAGGGUUACGGUAUUAGGUUUGAAUCAAUACAUGAUAAACAUAGAGAUGAAAUACAUGUUAAAUUCAACUACUCAGGAUUCGCUCACACCCCCAAGUAUUUUGUUUGGCAGAAAGGACCAUUUGACGACAGAAAUCAUCAUGAGAAGAUGAUGGCAGUUCAUUUGGCAGACGCAUGGGUUUCAACUACUGAAAGUGGAACACUGGAUACAGAAUCAAUUGAUAAGGUGAUUGCGGACUUCCCUAAUUCAAGUAAGAUCAUACAAGUUAUGCGACAAAAUACCCGGCAUGUUUACAUAGAUUGCAAAUCGUUUUUCGAUGAACCGGGCUAUAAUGAAUACUUGUUAUACCCGCAAGGUAAAAAUACAUUCUUCAGCAAGUUAGGAGACGGGAAAACAGACCCUUCUGAAUUAAAAAGUGUUCAACUCCAAGAUGAAUUUGCCGUCGUUGGCAUCAGCAUGUACAAAAAACCAGAGGUAAACUUAGGGGUGGACCUCGAGUUCAGUUUUGAAGCAGAUAGUAAAAUUUGGGCUGUGCACAAGAAACCCAUUUACUUUGUUUGUGCUAAAAAGGGCUACAAACAUGGGCAGAACUCUCAUGCAUAUAUUGCUUUUGACCCCUUAUAUCAAUUAGGGCGACUAUACGGUUGUGGUACCAGACCUGAGUUAUUUCUAAAUGAGGAAGGCCAAAGGAAUAGUAAUACCCAUUGCGUGUUUAAAAUAGAUGAUCGGAAAACUGUUGGGUUCUUUUGUCCAAGUCCCAUUCCGGAUCACUUUUUAAGUGGUGACCAAACUCCAUGGAAAUCAACAUCUGGAGCUAUGAAAAAUGAAGAAAACCCAUAUCACAUAAUGGUGAAAUGCUUUGAUAGGUCAACACGCAUGCAAAGGUUUCUAAAACCACGAAAUCCAAUAAUUGACUUUCUCGAACCUGUAUCACCCGGAGAGGUCAGGUCACUUUGGAUUUUCUCUAGAGGCCAGUUUGUGAAACACGCCAAACCAAUAUAUACAAAGGUUUUGUGCAACUGCUAUAAUACCGAAGGAAAACGUGUUGCUAGUAUAAUGCUGACUCCAGAUUUUUCGGUGGAUAAAUUGAAAAAUUCAACAUGACAAUAGACUUUCACAACCCAGUGCCAUAGGUUAUAA